GACAGCCCCCUGAAAAGUUCCCACACAGAGAGGAAAAGAGAAGAAAGAAGUCAGUCAGAGAGUCAGAGAGGGAAGCCCGGCGGUCGGCUGCUCCACUCAUGUUAGUCCAGGAGUGAAAAACCAGACAUGCAUUCAGCAGGCAGGUCGUGGCUGCUGCUCACAGGCUUCAUCCUCUUCUAUAUCAUCUACCUUCUGUUCGGAGCUCUGGUGUUCUCCAGCAUCGAGCGGCCCGUGGAGGACAAGCUGCGCCAGGACAUGGAGACUCUGAAGCAGGAGUUCCUGAACCAGAGCUGCGUCAACGUCGCGUCCCUCGAGCGCUUUCUGGUCAAAGUGCUGACGGCCAACAAGUACGGCGUCUCCGUGCUCAAAAACUCCUCUGUUCAAGCGUCCAGCUGGGACCUGGCAUCUUCCAUGUUCUUCGCCAACACUCUGGUCACCACUGUCGGCUACGGUCACAACACUCCUCUGUCUGACACCGGGAAAGCCUUCUCCAUCGUCUACGCCCUGAUCGGAGUCCCCUUCACCAUGCUGGUGCUGACGGCCUGCGUGCAGAGGCUGAUGUAUCCCCUGGUUAUGGCUCCCGUCGGCCUCCUGCAGCGUUCAGGCAUGGAGCCCCGGCCGGCCACCAUCCUCCACUUCGUGCUGCUGCUGGUCCUGGUGGUGUUGUUCUUCUUUGUGGCGCCGGCGGCCGUGUUCAGCGCUGUGGAGAUGACCUGGUCCUUCUUGGAUGGAGUCUACUUCUGUUUCAUCUCGCUGUGCACCAUCGGACUGGGGGACUUUGUUCCGGGGACGCAUCCUAUGCAGAAGUACAGACCGCUGUACCAGGUCGCUGCCAUGGUCUACCUGUUCGUGGGUCUGAUGAUGAUGUACCUCCUGCUGCGCACCUUCCAUAAAAUGGCCGACCUGCACGGCCUCACCACCUUCUUCCAGCUGCCCCGCUGUGAGGAGUCAGACAUGGAUGACGACAGAGAGCCUAUCGUGGAGAACGGACACCCAAAUCACACGACCCCUCAUGUUCGAGGUAAAGACGCCAGUAAGCUGCUGGAACCAGGAUCCCAGCCUUCGUACAACACCAUCAACAAAGGCUGAGGGGAGGAGGAGAAGAAGGAGAAGAAGCUCUACCUCUGGUGACCUACUGGGCUUGAACUGGUUCUGAAACACCCAGACUGUUGGGCUGAAUCUGAAUCCUCGUCUUAAUUUUUCCAUUCAUGUAGUCCUCUCGCUCAGAACAGACGGAGGAGGGAGUCAAAUGAGGAAUUGAGACGAGUGUAAGAUUCAGCCUUUGAGAGAGGACCACUGCAUCACUUUUUUUGCACACAUGAAGAGGACCAACAUAACCGGACUGCCCCGACCCACCUGGACAGAAACACUCAGGUGUUGCUUUUCCCUCUCUGCAGCACUGCGGCGCACAUGACGGGCUCGGACUCUGGACACACGGCUGGUUGUUUUCAGAUCACUGUGGUCUUUGUCUUUGCUGUUUGUGUCACAGCAGGUUUGGGUUGUGAGUUCAGGUCAAACAAACAUUGUGUGAAAGUGAUCUGAAACUGAAUCUGCCUGCCAAACACAGUCGGUGGGUGCACUUACAAUUUAAAGAGUACUGGGGUCUUUACACCUUUAACCAGGCUCCUUUUUAUCAGUGGCGUUCAUUCUUCAGCUCCCAAACACCCCCAGACUAUUUAGUAGACUGUCCAGUCAGAUUUAUCCUCACUUCACAGCUGCAGUAAAAUAAAAGUAAUCUAUUGAAACUUAAGUCCACUCCCUCAAAGAAAAGUUAGACUCUGGGAACAUGUUUUGUAUUAAAUUAGAUUUCCUGUGACAGUAGUAACUUGUCUGGGUCAGCCUCAGUGAAAACAUGGACUCCAGCUGAGCUUGCUUUGCCUCAGGACAGCAGCUGUUCACCUUUAUGGUGGCUCCCCCUGGUGUCUGCACGGAAGAAUUGCAUCAUGUUAUGUCUUUACUCAAAUAGUUCUUGAAAGGAGGAUGAAGAAAAGAUGAAAACUAUCUCAAAUUAAGAGAAGAGAGUGCUUCUUUGUGGUGAUUGAGGACCUGAUUAUAUCAGUGAGACCAUAUCCACCAGAGCGGACAUCUGAAACGCACUUUAAUUCAGAGUUAUUAGUUUGUUUGUUGUGGUUAGAUGAAGUGUUUAAUUAUAACCUGAUACUGUAAAAAAAAGUUUGUAUGUAUGUUGUCAUUUAUUACUAGCAGUUUGACAUGUAUUCUUAUAGAACCAUUCAUUAAAAAGGUUUGCUCUGUAGUAUGUCGUCUUACACAAAACAAGAUUCAUACUUAGUUUCUCCUUUUAUUAAAAACAGUGUAAGUGAACAUUGGCCUUCUUUAGGAAAGGUCUAAAUACAAAGUAACCGGGCGCUCUGCCCUCAAUCUCAAAACAUAAACAUUAUAGAGGACAGAAAAGUAAACACAGUACAUAAAAACAUCAUUAGUGAAUAAGAAUGAAACAGAACUUAUAAAUAGUUUGGGACUGAGCCCAGCUAUUCAGGGGACCUUUGCAUAGAAAGCAACUUUGAUCCAUAAUCAAUAAAUGUACAAAAGUCUGACAAA